AGGAUUUAAAAGGAAACUCGAUGAAAUGAAAGAAAACGUACAUGCAAAAAGAAAAGGGAAUUCAGAUGCUCUUCCGGUCUAUGAUAAUGCAUACAUUCGAAAAACAAGAAGUGGAACUUUGCUUGGAACAUCUCAAGGAUAUUCAGAUGCAUUUCCGGUCAAUGUUAAUGCAUACAUUCGAAAAACAAGACGUGGCGACUCUGCUUGGAACAUCUGAAGGAUAUUCAGAUGCAUUUCCGGUCAAUGUUAAUGCAUACAUUCGAAAAACAAGACGUGGGACUCUGCUUGGAACAUCUGAAGACAAAAGUACAAUCAGAAAGUGCAUGAAAAACAAAGCAGAAUUUCAAAGACUUUUAGGGGAAAUGAUUGGAAUGUACAGAAGAAGUAAACUCCCGGAAAAUUUAAAGCCACAACUAAAUGGACCACCUGAGGGAGAAGUAAGUGAACAGGUAAUGAUGAAGUUGUACAAAAUCAGCCCGUCUAUAAGAGGAUACAGUUACAAGUUUAUCACAAGACUUCAAAUCCACGUUUUGAGCGACGAUAUCGAAAGGUUGAAACAAGAAAUUGCCGAAGAACUUGAGAAACAUGGGUUUAUAUCAGACUCUUAUGAUAUAGUCCCACCGCUAGAUGAUGUGAGGCCAUUUAUCAAAAUACUUGCAGGUUCGAAAGUAUGUAAUACAGUCCAAAACGAAGCGGCAGUGUUUGGAACAUUAACAGGUUUUGUUAAAAUGGAAUCGUAUGAACAGAAAGAAACAAUAUGCUGUUCACUGGCAUCAAAACAUCUCCUUGAUGGACAAAAAACAAUACAAAUUUCGAACAGAGAGCAAACAAUGACGGCUGCCGUCAUUAAAGAAACAGCUCCUGGCGACAGUAAUAUGUAUGUUGAUAUUGCUGCCGCCAUUAUCAACAAAGAAGACGAAAAGUACUGUGACGGUCGAUUCAAAACAGAGGAUGGUAAACUGAUUAAGGGUAUUAUGUUUACCAAAGACGAUAGUCUUCUUGCCUGUCAGCACGUGCACAUAAAUGGCGCCUCAACUUCUUUGGGUCUAGGAAUCAUUGCUACUACACAUUGUAACAACAGAGAGUCCAUUGAAACUCGAAAUGGACAGAAACAAUCAUGUGAGAGAAAAGAGGAAAUUGAGAAGGCAAAUGAAGAUGACAAAUUUAUAUAUGUUGAAAGUAGAAAAAAGUCAAGCCCAUUUUGUACAGGUGGUGACAGUGGAGCUAUGGUAUGUGCUGACGACGAUGACGGUAACCAUGUUGAAUUAAUUUCAACAGUAAUUGGAAAGGUAGUAAACCAACGUGAAACGGAACAGUGCGGUGCUGAAAAUGUGAAAGUAAAGGAUAAUGUUGUUUACCAAACCCUUCGGUUGGAAACAGGUGUUACUCAUUUAAAAAAGCUAAUUAAAAGUGAAAUUGAUUUUUUUGAAUCUUAAAAACAGAUGAAAAUGUUCUCGUAAAAAUCUGACAGUGGUAAAAGUUUAAAACAGGUAUUUGUUAACAUUUACUCAAUUUGCAUUAUAAAUUGAUAUCACCAUUGAUUUUAUGAUGUAUGAUGUCUUCUAUACAUUUGAAAUUGAUUCUUGCUUUUUUAAAUGGAAACUGAGUCUUGCUUUUUUAAUUAACUUUAACCAUUUAAAUAUUUGAACAUAAAAUUUCGACAAAUGAUAGAUCUUAAAAUUAUACAUUUGUUGUUGCAAUCAUAUAUUAAUCAGAUCAUAUCUACUUCAUAAUUUAUUCAGAUAAUUAUAAGGAACGCGGAAUUACGAUUUUGACGUAUACUUUUAUGCAAAAAUAGCGCUAAUGCAUCUAUUUUCGUGCAUUUACAUUUGUUAAAACAAGAUGAUAAUUUUAAAGUCAGAGUCCGCACGAUAAAAAAAUGCAACAUCUUUUAAUGUGAAUACAUUUUAUUGCUUUUUAUUUGUUUAUUUUAAAAGUCAAAGAUGGAAAUGUGCUCGAAAAUAUUUUUUAUUAUAUGUUACAGUUUCUAGAAAUAUCUACCUACAUUCAAAACUUAUUCAUUUAUAUCAGUUCUUGCAUAAAAAAUCUAUGCCGCAGUUACACACGAACGGAGAAAAAAAUGCAGUUACAGAUAGAUUAUCGUGACCAUGCGCCGUUGUUGCAUGUUUCUCGGAGCGAAAUGUAAAAAUCAACCUAAUGUUAUGACGACCCCGGUAGUUAAACUACCAAAUGACAUCGCUGUGACAUGUGAAAUGCGU